AUGAAAGCUCUUGAAAUUGAUGAUCUUGAAACAGGGCAAGGGUUAAAUCAAGAGACUACUCUCAAACGUCCUUGUGAUACACGUUGGAACUCACAUUAUGAUACUUUACUGAGUAUUAAUACUAUGUUUCACCCCGUGGUGAAGGUGCUUGAAUGGAUUGUUGAUGAUGUCAACCAAGAUAAUUUAGGUGAAGCAAAUAGGUUAUUGAAAGAAAUACAAACUUUUGACUUUGUGUUUCACCUAUAUUUGAUGAGAUUUAUAUUGGGAAUCACAAAUGAUUUGUCAAAGGCAUUACAAAAGAAAGAUCAAGAUAUUGUGAAUGCAAUGAUGUUGGUCCAAAGAUGUAAGCAAAAGCUACAAUCCAUGAGGGAUGAUGACUUUGAUGAUCUGCUUGGCAAAGUAUCAAUAUUUUGUGGCAAACAAUGA